UCACGGAAAUCGGCCGAUUAUGAUCGGUGGCCGAUCGAUCGGCACACCUCAAAUCUAUAACUAUUAUAUGCUCUCAAGGUUCAGCUGAUUUGAAGUCGCAGUUCAACAUUGUGGGACUGUAAAUGCGAAGCUCAAUGAAACCCUGGUCGUGUUUUUCAGGUUAUGGAGUUAUUGCCACCAAAAACAUUGAGCCAGGAGAAUUCCUGCUGGAGUAUGUUGGAAGACAUAUCACUGGCUCUGAGGGAGAGGACCUGUAUAAAGAGUACUCGGCUGAAGAUGCAGCAUUUUUGUAUUUCUACAACUUCCAAGGACAAAACUUCUGCAUUGAUGGCAGUAAAGAUACAACAAGACUUGGAAGACUCAUCAAUGAUGACCACAUCAAGCCAAACAGCAAAAUUAAAAUUAUAUUGGACGAGCAACAAAAACCACAUCUGUGUGCAUUUGCAAUCACAGAAAUUCUUGCAGGAGAAGAAAUCGUCUACGACUAUGAAAACCCCAACUGUCAAUGGCGACAGAAGACAACUUCCUUCUCUUCUAAUGAACACAUGGAAAAGAAGCAGAAAGAUAAUACAUAA